AUGGUGCUGUCUACUCGAUCAAUGGUUUUCAAUGUUAUCCUAUUCAUAGGUUAUUGUUUUUGUCUUGGUAGAGCUAUUGAUUGUGGUGGAAAUCUUGUUGCAAAAACCAUUACUGUUGAUCAAAAAGGAAGAGGAAUGUUCAAAAGGAUUCAACAAGCUGUUGAUUCAAUAAAGCAUAACAAUGAUCGCUGGAUUAAGAUUCAAAUUAUGCCUGGAAAAUACAGGGAAGAGAUUUCUAUUCCAUAUGACAAGCCAUGCAUCAUUUUAAAAGGAUCCGAUAGAAGAACCACAACAAUUUAUGAUGAUGAUAUUCAAUCAAAAGCAAUAUUCACUUCAUCUCCACCUAACGUGGUUUUGAGUGGUAUUACAAUUGAGAACACACAUGGAAGUAAUGGAAAGGCAGUAGCUGCUACUAUAUUCGGUAAUAAUUCAGCUAUCUUUGAUUGUAGUUUCUUAGGUUAUCAAGACACUCUGUGGGAUGCAUUGGGACGUCAUUACUAUAAGAAUUGUUAUAUUCAAGGUGAAGUUGACUUCAUUUUUGGUCAAGCCCAAUCUUAUUUUGAGGAUUGUGUGAUAAACGCAACACAAGGUCAUGCUCAACCUGCAGGUUUUAUCACAGCACAACGUAGGUAUUCAUCAACAGAAUCAACUGGUUUUAUUUUUAAAGGAGGACGUGUUGAAGGAAUUGGUAAAGUGCAUCUUGGAAGAGCAUGGGGUCCUUACUCUAGGGUUUUAUUUUGGGGAACACACCUUUCUGCAGUGGUACUCCCUCAAGGAUGGAAUGCUUGGAAUUACCAAGGGCAAGAGUAA